GGUAGAUGAGGAGGAAAGAGUAAGAGCAGAACUGGUAGUGUAUGUGGAUUACUAGACAACACGUGUGGAGCUGUUGGGAUUAGGAGGCAAGUGGCGGAUAUCAGCUUGUGGGAAAGCAUAUGGAUACACCUGUAUGUUUCCCUAUGAGAUGCAGAUACUCCAGCAGCUGGCUGUUCUGGGUAACAACAACUUUCUUUACUUUGUGGUAUGCUGCAGUCUAGCAACAGGCCAGAUCUCCUCACGUUAUUUCUUCAUCCAAGAACCCAUGCCCUGGGCCAAAGGUCGUGAGUACUGUCAGAGCCACUUUGUGGACCUAGCUGUUUUGAGCACAGAGAAGGAAUACUUUGCUCUCCUCAGUGCCAUCCCCGCAAACAAUGCCAGCUUUUGGCUUGGUCUCCAUAAGGAGAGCAGUGGCUGGAAGUGGACCAAUGGGGAACAACUGAGACUCACUCACUGGUACAACUAUAACCAAGAGGGCCACUGUGUAAGCUUGGAGGCCAUGUUUGAAGAAGAUGACAAGCUAUUGGCUCGUUCUUGUAAUGAGCAGCACAGGGUUGCUUGUCAGGGGCCCGUUUCCCCUCAGUCAGUGGCCGUGUACUUUGUGAACAUCGAUCACUUGAAUCUAAGCUGGAACAUCUCUGCACUUAUGCAGACGACUUCUCACUAUUACAAUGUGACAAUAUGUAGCUUCAUUUGUGAGACGCUGUCCUACCCCUGCACCAACGGCUCCUCCCUUAUGAGCAUCAGCAUCUCCAACUUAAGUGCAGCCACAGAGUACUUCAUAUACGUUUCUGCUGUUGUUAUUCGUAUUGAGCAUGGGACCAGCAGAAAAUGGAUUCUUCAAGAUGAUCCUACCAUGUUAAAAGCUAAAACAGCGACAUCUAAUAAGACUCACAAAAUCCUUUUCAUCGUUUUGGAUUUAUUCAGUCUGGUUUUAUUGGUCUCUUCAUUUUGGUAUAUUUAUAUUGUUGCGAAAAAAGACAAAUCCACAGAGAGGGUCGGAGACAGAUCGUCAGCAGAUUCAACAAUCGUUGUACUGUUACCACACAGAAUUGGGUUAGAAAAACUGGAAAAUUUCAUAUUUUAGAGACCAAGAAAAAAGUUUUAUUUUGACCCUAAGGAGACAUUAAAUUGUUUUUAGUUCAAGCUGUGAAAAGUUUCAAGAUGCUAGUUUUGUGUUGCAUUGUUGUGUACAUUGCAUAAAUGCACAUUAAUGAAGUUCAGUUUUAUAUUUAUAUAAUCCGUUUAGUUCACAGGCACUUACGUUUAAUAGACUGGCUGUCGGUCAAACUCUGUGCAUGAACAGAUAAGCUACGCAUCAGCUCAGAUCAUACAUCUGAGGUUUCCUUACAUAAACCCUCUGGGCUCAUUAUUUCUUGAGAAAGACGGCUGUGAUCUCACAAUCAAAUUCUCCAUCUGUGUGUCUCUAUUAAGAAGCAAGAACUCAAAGUCUCUACAGACAGGCCAUCUUGUGGAAGAGAGGAGAUCUUGUAUUCAUGAGAAUGUCUUGGAACGACCCACUGCCACUACUCUUUUGCAACAGAUAAACUCAAAUUUACUAAUGAAUUUCAGUUAAACAUACUAAAUGUGUCAUGAUUUAGGUGACAGAUGAGUAUUAGCAGUAUGAUUAAAGUUUUGUGAUCAUACCACAGUGAAUAUGCCGUUGCAGAAUGUUAAAUGACUCCAGAGUUGGUUCGUGUAAUAUUGUUAUGAUGUUAUGUUUAAAUAGUUAAAAUUUGUGUA